CGGGGGCCGCGGCGAGCCGGGCGGCCAUGAUGCAGUGAGCGCCGCUCCCAGCGCGGCCGGGCGGGGGCCCGCGUAGCGCCGCUCCCGCCCGCCUCCUUACAUAACGAGCGGCGGAGCGGGGCUGCGGCCGCACCAGCAGCGCCAUGGCGAAUGACAGCGGCGGCGGCGCCGGACAGGGCGGCGGCGGCAGUAGCAGCGGCGGAGGUGGCAGCGGCGGCGGCAGCAGCAGCAGCGAGCGGGACCGGCAGUACUGCGAGCUGUGCGGGAAGAUGGAGAACCUGCUGCGGUGCGGGCGCUGCCGCAGCUCGUUCUACUGCAGCAAGGAGCACCAGCGGCAGGACUGGAAGAAGCACAAGCUCAUCUGCCGCGGGGGAGGCGCGGCGGGCGCGGCAGGGGGCGCUGUAGAGCCUCGCGGCGCUCAGCCCCCGCCGCCCCGCGCUCACGGCUCCCGCAGCGCACGCGGCGCCUGCGGCCGCACGGAGCAGGAGGCGGCCAAGGGAGCCGCGCCGGGCCCCGAGCCCCACGGAGAGGCCGCCCCGCAGGACGACGAGCGCGUCGCGGCCGCCGGGGGCGGAGAGGCGGCGGCCACGGCCCCGGCUCCCGCCACGGAGGCGGUGUCGCUGUACCGGGACAAGUCGAACCUGUACCCGGGCGGCGUACAGGCGGGGCCCGGCGGGGCCGCCUUGCGUCCCAACGGGCAGACCAAGUCGCUGGUGCCGCAGCGGCUGGCGCUGGAGUACAUCGUGCCCUGCAUGAACAAGCACGGCAUCUGCGUGGUAGACGACUUCCUGGGCAAAGAGCUGGGCGGGCUGGUGGCCCAAGAAGUGCGAGCCCUGCAUCACACCGGCCGCUUCACCGACGGGCAGCUGGUCAGCCAGAAGAGCGACUCCUCCAAGGACAUCCGCGGCGACAAGAUCACCUGGGUGGAGGGCAAGGAGCCGGGCUGCCAGACCAUCCGCCUGCUCAUGAACAGCAUGGACGAUCUCAUCCGCCACUGCAACGGCAAGCUGGGCAACUACCGCAUCAACGGCAGGACGAAAGCCAUGGUGGCUUGUUACCCAGGCAAUGGGACAGGAUAUGUGCGCCAUGUUGAUAACCCAAACGGAGAUGGAAGAUGUGUUACAUGUAUAUAUUAUCUUAAUAAAGACUGGGAUGCCAAGGUAAGUGGAGGCAUCCUUCGGAUAUUUCCAGAAGGUAAAGCCCAAUUUGCUGACAUUGAACCCAAGUUUGAUAGACUUUUAUUCUUCUGGUCUGAUCGCCGCAACCCUCAUGAAGUACAGCCAGCAUUUGCUACAAGGUACGCAAUAACAGUGUGGUAUUUUGACGCAGAUGAAAGAGCACGAGCUAAAGUAAAAUAUCUAACAGGUGAAAAAGGUGUGAGGGUUGAACUUAAUAAACCUUCUGACUCGGUUGGGAAAGGCGUUUUAUAAGCCUUUGUUUUAGCCACUCCUCUUGCUAUUCUCCCUGAGAAACCUUGAUGCUAUCUGUUAACUUUUGAAUGUGAAUAACAAGGUAAAGGAAAAUCAACAACAAACCAACGUUUUAAUAAAGAAGCAUACAGUGUUUCCAUGUUGCAUCAAAUAGAAGAUUUUUUUGACUGCUGAAGCAUUGUACUACGUGAUUGUCACUCCAGGCCUGUGACUGCUUAUGUGAAGAAGAUAAGCAAUCAGUAAGGAGCAACAUAUGCAUCUGGACAUAAUCAAGUGCCCUACAUAGAAUUUGUUCAUCCUUAUAUUUUGCCAGACCUGUCAUCCAGCUGAAUCGAAUUAAUCACUCCUUUUUUUAUAUGGUCAAAGUUUGAAUUUUGGGUAAUUUUUGUACGACCAGGUACAGUUUAUCAAAAUUGAGUCUUAAAAAAAAAAAAAAAAAAGAAAAACAGAAAAAAAAAAAGAAAAAAAAGAAAAAAAAAAUCUACAGUAUUCUCCAAAAUAACAUGAAUCUAUUUUUGUAAAACUGUUCAUACUGUUCUCCUCUGCCAUGAAAGACCUAACGUAAGGGUUGCCAGUAACUGAUAAUCACUUUAAUUUUCUUUACACCUUAAGUCAGAGAAGGAGCACUUUAAUUACCAGCUAAAAACCUGAUUGUUUUAUAUCAUAUCUCACACUAAUCUUAACUUUUAAAGAUUGCUGCUGUAUUGUUGUUUUGUUUUUUUUUUGACUGUGUCCUCUUGAACCUUAUUAACAGAAGCAAAUCAAUAUCUUGCUAUUAGUAACAUUCAGCUUGUGGUUUUGUGCGUUGAAUCCACAGAGGGGAAGUUUCGGUCUCUGUUUUUUGUUUUGUUCUGUUUUUAAGUGACUGGCACUAAGUGAACUCGACACUAUCGGUUGCUGUCAUUGGCUUUGGGGACCUGGUGAAUACCAUCAAGUUACAAGAACAUACAAGGGCUUUCCUAGGCUAUUAGAGGUACCCAGAACCUCCUUAUGUACUUGACAGGAAUUUUGAGCUUUCUCCCUUUUCUAUAGAAUACUCGCCAUCCCCCUUUCCUUUGUAUGUAAGUUAAUAGAAUAUCUAGAACUCACUCUGAAAAAACAAAAACUUGUCCUUUCCAAACGUUGCUGUCCCGUGCAGCCUUUCAGUAAGUUGACACCUUGAUCUACCAUAUAGGCUCAAGGAAAUGUUCAGCACACUGAAGGUGAAGCGCAUCACUGUAGGCUCCUUCUGCAGUACAUCUUUGGAUUCUCACUGUGCUGAAGGAUUUCCCCAGAUAGGCACUUGCCUCUGAUCAGCACUGAGACACACAUUUAAGUAAGAAAACCUUUGCUUUCUUCUUUUUCUUUUUUUUUUUAUGGAGAAGGGGACAUCACAGAAUAAAAGUGACAUGCAGGAAUUUAGGUGUUUUAAUUUUUGAGAGAUAGAUGGUUUGGACACUGUUUUCUUUUUUUCUUUUUUCCUCUGAGCUUUAAAAGCUUCAGAAGACAAAAGCAAACCUAUAAAAGACUGCAUUCAUAUAUAUAGGAGUUAGGGGGUUGAUCAACUAACCCACUGCAGUUUUCUACCUGUCCCUUAUUUCCUUAUUAGCCAAAACAAUGUGAGUGUACAGAAAUAUUUCUGUAUAUACUACAACUUGUGACAAUUUUAGCAUCUGUAUAGUUUGUAUUCAAUUAGAGACCUUUUCUAUGGAAAGCUCAGUAAUUUUUUAUUAAAAAGAUUACUAUUGUUCAUGUAAAACAUGAAAAAAAAAGCUAAUUGUUUAGUAACAAACUGACAGAAGGGGGAAAAAAUUCAGUACCGGUAUAUCAUUUAGGAGAACCAAUGGAAAUCCCAGUUUGGUUUUGAUUUUGCCUUUUCUUUAACACGUUCUUGCCCUUUGCAAUUUUCUUCCUCUUUCCUCAUUUCUUCCCAGAGAAAAAUUCGAACAGAUAGGAUACCUUUACUGUAAGUGCCUCUGCCAACCUGGCCAAGGAGUGCAAAUCUUCGUUACUGUCUGGUCUGCAGCGCAUUUAGGCUAUCAAUGAAAGAAGCGAAAAAGCCACCUCUUUUACUUCAUCUUUAAUACUUCUUUAAUGGAGGUUCGGUUGGUUUUAAUUUAGAAAUGUACAGCAUAAGCCUUUAAACUUAUUUCAGACCCUCUGUAAUUCAAACUUCCGCUGUUAUACGACGUAUCAAAUUCUGAUCACAUUGUAGGUUUGUGCUUGCCAGACGGGUUUAAAAAGUGCUUAAUUUUACGCUCUGUGUAAGUCAUUACCAUAGGGUCAACAAAUCAGGUCAGCCAUUUCUUCAGUGUCCUUUAGAAACUCUUAAUUUCAUGUCGGUCAAAUCUUCAAUCUCGAGCAUCACCAAGCAGCUCCUUGUUUUAAAAACAUUUUUUAAACUGUCUUAUGAUCUGUACGUGUCUAGUCCUGGUUAAAGACAAAGCUUCAUAAUGCUAUUUUUAUUCAUGAUGUUAGCCGGCUGUAAAAUAUGAGACCUCUAUCUAUAGCAGGCAAAGAAAUUCAGGAUUCAUUUACAGGUUGCCUAUAAAGUUGUGUAAUUUGAAAAGCAGUGUUCAUUAUGAAAGAGCUCUCAAGUUGCUUGUAAAGCUAAUCUAAUUAAAAGAAGAUGAUGUAUAAAGGUUCUUGAAAACAA